AUGGAUUCUACAUUAGACAACGAAGAAGUAUUACGACUUCAAAUUAACUCUUAUGAUGUAUAUCAUGUUGAACCUUCACCAUGUUUAGACGGUUGUAAAACGAUGACACAGUCAGAGACCCAAUUACCAAAAAAGCCUAAACCAUUUAAUCAAGUUCCAAUAAUUAGAAUUUAUGGUUGUUUGCCAUCAGGAUAUACUGUACUAUUACACAUACACGGUAUUUUCCCUUAUUUUUAUAUAAAUUAUAACGGGACUUCAAAAGAUUCAAUAGAUACUAUAAACUUUAACUGUGAAUUACUUCACAAUUUACUAGAGAAAAAAGCAGAUUCUCUUUUUGCAUUUAAAAAUAGGGAAAACAGUAAUGGUAUAUUAAUGGAUAGUUACAACUAUAUUGCAAAUGUUGAAGUUGUUAAAGGUAUUAAAUUUUAUGGUUACCAUACCAAAUUCAGUUGCUUUUAUAAGAUUAGUUUGUUAAACGAAAAGAUCUCUAAUAAGGUACAAGACAUAUUAAGAUCUGGUCAAAUCAUGGACUUUAACUUUGACAUUUAUGAAGGUCAUAUUCCUUUUUUUACACAAUUUUGUGUUGAUUACAAUUUAUAUGGCUGCUCCUGGAUUAAAUUGAAAAACUUUUUUUUUAGGGAUCCAAUUAUUAAUAAUUUAAAUGGUAUGAACGCACUAUGGGAUGCUGAUAAUUCUUUGGAGAAAAAAUUUUCUAAUAUGAACAACCAUAUUUUACCAAGGGCUGACUAUCCAAGAAUGGGGCGUACACUAUUAGAAAUUGAUAUUUUGCCUCAAUUUAUACUUAAUAGAGAAAAACUGGAAUUUAUUAAUCCAUUAUCUGACAAAAAUACUUCUUUGCAUGUUACAUCUACAAGUGAAAUUUGGCAAAACAUUCAAUUGAAAAGAAGCGAAUUAGGACUGCCUGUUUAUACUGCCCAACCUGUUCUGACUAGAAACUCUACAAAUAUUAAAUGGCAAGAUGAUAAAGAUAUAGAACAAUUUUAUCAACAAGCCAAGCGGAAAAUGGCGGAUGGUGCUUCCAAAUUAAAAAGCUAUGCCAAUGUAUCAAAUGCCAAUAUGUUGAAUUUUUUACCGAUGGAAAAUGAGGUGAUUUCCAGUUUAUGGCCAGAAUGUACGGAAAAAAGGUUGGAUAAACUGUUUAUAAAUCAACAAUAUCCUAAUACUGUAGACCACAAAAUUGUGGAUGAAACAAAUUAUAAUAAUGUACCAGAUAAUCAGUUAUCUCAAGAUUUAAUUAAAAAUGAGUCUGAAACAAUCGACAAUCGUUCCUCAUCAAUGUCUCAUGAAUUUUCAUUAAUACAAAAUUUUCCAAAAAAAAGACAAACUUUAAGUUUUACGAAAACUUUAUUAAAAAGACCUAAGAUUUCUAAUGAUUAUUCUGGUUUAACUGUGUACAAUAAGAAACAUACUUACUGCUACGAGGCGGAAGAAUUUGAAUUAAAAUUCUUUGAAAUGAAUAAAGAUUUAGAAAGUAUGGCAAUUCCCGUCAUUGCUUACCACGAUCCAUAUUUUUCCAAUCCGAAAGAUUUAGAGGAGGGCAAAAUUUUCUCAUAUGCCGAUAGAAUUUUUAAAAUUAAUUCUAAUCACUUAUCCUGUAGAACACCUGUUAAAUUUCAAAACAUUUUGUUAAAUAUGCCCAAGUGUGAAAGCCGUAUCACGAUGAAUACAUGGGAAUAUAUUCCAGAACCACCCACAUUUGAUGAAGUUAAAAACACCAAUAUUAUUAAAAACUCAAUUACACAAUUUGCGUCUCAAAUUAAGCAUGAAGAAAAUUCGCAGAGAGAAAAAAUAACUAGGAUGUUUGAGCAUAACAAUUAUACUAAGAAAAACCAAAUAUACAACAACUUGACUGCUUUUCACUUAGAAAUACAUGUGAAUACAAGAUAUGCUUUUUACCCAGAUCCCAAACUUGAUUGUAUCAGUGCUAUUUUUUGGAAAUUUACCAAUACAUUAGUGGAUAUCGGUUGUUCAAACGAAGGCAUUUUUAUAUUUGAUAGCAACAUCGAUAUUCUCAAAGGCAAAAUUGCAUCCUUAUUUCCGGACAUUUCGAUUGUUUAUUUUGAUAGUGAACGUGAAAUGCUAACUUCCCUUGGCCAAUUGAUUUUGCUUUUAGAUCCAGAUAUACUUGCAGGUUACGAGAUUCAUCAAAAUUCAUGGGGAUAUGUGAUAGAACGUUGCAAUAUCUGUUUCAAAUUUGAUUUCUGUAGCGAAAUAUCCAGAGUGCAAUAUAAGGCAACGAAUAAAGUUGACGAUCAUUGGGGCUACACACAUGCUUCUGCAAUCUGUAUAGCAGGAAGACAUAUUCUAAAUAUAUGGAGAAUUCUGAGAUCUGAGUUGAAUCUUUCAAAAUAUAAUAUUGAAAACGUUGUUGAUAAUGUAUUAAGUCUUAGAUUACCACAUUAUUCUUUUGAAAAUUUGACCAAAUUUUGGGAGGAUAGAGACACUAAUAAUCAUUCACUAACAGUUGUUAUCAACUAUUGGCUAUGCAGAGUAAGAUUAGACGAUUUGCUAAUAGAUAAGAUUGGGUUUUUGUUUAGAACUGCAGAGCAAGCGAGGCUAAUUGGCAUUGACUUUUAUUCCGUUUUUUACAGAGGCUCACAGUACAAAGUUGAAUCCAUAUUAUUAAGAUUAUGUAAGGCCCAGCAUUAUAUAUUGUUUUCGCCUACAAAGACACAGGUUAUAAAGCAAAAACCUUUAGAAUGUGUACCAUUGGUCAUGGAACCAUUUUCUAGUUUCUAUAAAAGUCCAUUAGUGGUAUUAGAUUUCCAGUCUUUAUAUCCUUCUGUUAUGAUUGCAUAUAACUAUUGUUAUUCUACAAUCCUUGGUAACAUAAGAAAUAUAAAAGAAGAGGGGAAUAAACUUGGUGUUGUAUCUUAUUCCUUGCCAGAAGAUAUUUUUACUGAGCUUAGCAGAGAAGACAUCAACAUAUCACCCAAUGGUAUUGCGUUUGUAAAACCUAAAAUUAGGAAAUCUACCUUGUCCAGCAUGUUAGAAAAUAUAUUAGAAACAAGGAUAAUGGUUAAAAAAACAGCGGAAAGCUCAGGCGGGAAAGAUUGGUCGCUAGAGAGACUAUUAAACAAUAUACAAUUUGGUUUGAAAUUAAUAGCCAAUGUGACAUAUGGAUAUACAUCUGCUUCAUUUUCUGGAAGAAUGCCAUGUUCUGAAAUUGCAGAUAGCAUUGUUCAAACAGGCCGUGAAAUUUUGGAACAUGCAAUAAGAACUAUUGAAAACAAUAAUGAAUGGGGUGCCAAAGUGGUAUAUGGUGAUACUGAUAGUUUGUUUGUGUAUUUACCGGGGAAAACAAGAGAUGAAGCAUUUAAAUGUGGGAGGGAAAUUGCGAAAAAAAUUACUUCCUCGAACUUGGCACCAAUCAGCUUGAAACUUGAAAAAGUUUAUCAUCCAUGCAUAUUAGUUAGUAAAAAAAGAUAUGUAGGAUAUUCAUACCAAAAUGAGGCAGAUUUACUUCCCAAAUUUGAUGCAAAAGGUAUAGAAACUAUUAGAAGGGAUGGUCAUAUGGCACAAAGAAAAAUUAUGAAGGAAAGUUUGAAAAUUUUGUUUGAUACACAGGACCUUUCCCAAGUUAAAGCAUACCUCCAAUCGCAAUUUGCUAAGAUUUUUUCUGGGAAGUUAUCUAUUCGAGAUUUUUGUUUUACAAAAGAAGUUCGGUCUGGGUGUUAUGAGAAUGAGAGUACAAUGCCACCGGGUGCACUUUUGGCAAGGAAUAUUGAAAAAGAGGACCAUAGAAAAAAGUUACAAUAUAAAGAAAGAAUGCCUUAUGUAAUCAUUAAGAAACCAAAGGGAACAAAGUUAAAAGAGAAAUGCAUUACACCUGAAGAUUUUCUACAAAACAUGGGCACAUAUGAACUGGACACUGAUUAUUAUAUUACUAAAACCAUAAUUGGCCCAUUAAACAGACUAUUUAACUUAAUUGGUAUUGAUAUUAAUAACUGGUAUCAAAAUGAGCAGAAUGUUUUUCACAGAAACAGUACCUUUUUAAAUUCAAAAUGGACUAACUUUAAAAGAAACAUUAAUGAAAAUAGUCAAUUAUGUGAUAAAGUUAAAAGUGGGAGACUUAUUAGAAAAUCAUUAUUUGAUACUUUAAAAAGAGAAUAUGAAUUAAAAAGUAUUAAUGAUGUAUGCAGAAAUUGUAUUGCUAAUGUUUAUGAAAGAGACAGCUUAUCUGUAUCACAAGACAGUAUAUCAAAGUGUGAUUCUCAGGAUUGUGCUGUGUAUUAUUCUAGGAUUAAAAUUUUAAAUUGCUUAAAUGAUGAGGAACAUAAAAGAAGGGUUGAUCUUUUGAAAAACCCGAACAAAAUUGAUUGGUAA